AUGUUCUCCGAUAUCAGCCUCAAGGGUGCUCUGCUCAGCGUCUGCCUCGCUGCAGGUGCCAUGGCCAACCCCAUUGAGAAGCGUGCUGCUUGCUCCCAAUACACCAUCAUCUCCACCCGUGGUACAGGUGAAGUCCAAGGCCCUUCUGCCGGCUUCAAAACCAUGAACCAGCAGACCCUUGCUCAAGUCUCCGGCGGCACCGUCUACAACACAGUCUACCUCGCCAGCGCCGACCAGAACUCUGCCCUCGGCACCACAGACGUAAGUCCACUCUCUCCAUACCUUGAGCCAAUGCCUUUCUUGCGUAAUCUGAUGCUGACUUUAUCAUCCCAGAUUGUCAACAAGGUCACUUCCGGCCUUGCCACCAACCCCAACAUGUGCUUUAUCCUCCAAGGCUACUCCCAAGGCGCCGCCGCCACCGUAAACGCCAUGCCCCGCCUCACCGGCGCCUCCAUGGAUGCCGUCAAGGGCGUCUUCCUCAUCGGCGACCCUGAGCACCGCUCCGGCCUCGCCUGCAAUGUCGACGCCAACGGCGGCACUACCACCAAGAACGUCAAUGGUCUUUCUGCUCUGCUCGGCGGUAUCCCCACUGCUUGGGUGCCCAAGACCAUGGAUGUGUGCGCUUAUGGCGAUGGUGUCUGCGAUACUACUCAUGGUUAUGGUAUUAAUGCUCAGCAUUUGUCUUACCCUUACAGCAGCAGUGUGCAGAGUAUGGGUACUAAGUACAUGGUUGGCAAGCUCACUGGUUCUUCCUAG